UUCGUAAAACCCUACCGCCGCGACCACCGACACCGAGAGUGUUCGCCGCCGUUAAACCACCUUUGCGAGAUUUUUUCUCCGUAGUGACUUUAAUGAGUAGGUGAAUGCUUUUUUGGAAGCUCAGAUUCCUGAAUAGGAGACGAUAAGAAAACUGAUGAUAACCAAUGUCAAUGAGAUGGAUUUGUCAGAUGCAGUGAUUGUGAAAUCCGGGAAAUUGAAAUCAGCAGUGUGGAAUGAUUUCGAUAGGGUGAGAAAAGGAGAGACUUACGUUGCAAUCUGCAGGCACUGUAAGAAGAGGCUUAGCGGAUCGAGCGCGAGCGGGACUUCUCAUUUGAGGAACCAUUUGAUUAGAUGCAGGAGGAAGACGACGAGUAGUAACGGUGUCGUUUCGCAGUGUUUCGUUAGGGGAAAGAAGAAGAAAGAAGAAAGACUUGAGGAGGUAGCUAAUGUAGUAGAUGAUGAUGAUCAUGAGCAGAGAAAAGAUGAAUUGGUUACUGGACAUGAUGCUUCCGUGACGGUUGUGAGUGCUGGUUUGGAUCAGAGGAGGAGCCGGUUUGAUCUAGCCCGGAUGAUGAUCUUGCAUGGUUAUCCGUUAACCAUGGUCGAAGACGUUGGAUUCAGAGUGUUCAUUAGAAAUUUACAGCCUUUGUUUGAGCUUGUCUCGUUUGAGAGAGUUGAGUCUGAUUGUAUGGAGAUAUACGCGAAAGAGAAGCACAAGAUCUUCGAGGACUUGGACAAGUUACCUGGAAAGAUAAGUAUCAGUGUCGAUGUGUGGAGUGGUUCAGAUGAUUCUGACCAGUUUUUGUGUCUAGCAGCGCAUUAUAUCGAUGAAACAUGGGAGCUGAGAAAGAGAGUUCUAAACUUCUUCAUGGUUGAUCCGUCUCAUAAUGAUGAAAUGCUCGCUGAAGUUAUAAUAACUUGUUUGAUGGAGUGGGAUAUUGACCGGAAGCUGUUUUCCAUGGCGUCGAGUCAUUCUCCUCCGUUUGGUGAGAACGUAGCUAACAAAAUCAGAGACCGGUUAUCGCAGAACAAGUUCCUUUAUUGUAAUGGACAACUGUUUGAUGUAAGCUGUGGAGUUUAUGUCAUUAAUCAGAUGGCACAAGAUUCUUUGCAAACUUGUUGUGAGACGAUAGAUAAGAUUCGAAACUGUAUUCGGUAUGUGAAAAGCUCGGAAUCUAUUCAGGAGAGUUUCAAUCAAUGGAGAGCUGAAGCGGGAGCUGAAAGUGAAAAGGACCUAUGUAUCGACGACUCAACACGAUGGGACACUACAUGUAGCAUGCUGGAGAUUGUGUUAGAGCAAAAGAACGUGUUCUUGCUCAUGAAAGAACGCGAUCCUGAUUCUUGUCUACCAUGUCCAUCUGAUUUGGAAUGGGAGAGGUUAGAAACAAUUGUUGGGUUCUUGAAAGUGUUUGUUGAAGUGGCAAAUGCAUUCACAAAGAGCAGUUGCUUAACCGCAAACAUCUACUUCCCGGAGAUAUGCGACAUACACCUCCGGUUAAUCGAAUGGAGCAAGAACACUGAUGAUUUCAUCAGCUCUGUAGCUGUGAACAUGAGGAAGCUAUUCGACGAGUUCUGGGAUAAAAACAACCUGGUUCUAGCCAUUGCUACCAUAUUAGACCCGAGGUUUAAAAUGAAGCUGGUGGAAUAUUAUUACCCUCUGUUUUAUGAUUCUAGUGCUUCAGAGCUCAUCGAAGAUAUUUCAGAGUGCAUCAAAGCGCUUUACAACGAACAUUCCGUAAGAUCAUUGUUAGCUUCAUCAGACCAAGCCCUUGACUGGCAAGAGAACCAUCAUCAGCCAAACGGUGUUGUCCAUGGGAUAGAGCCUGACAAUAGACUCAUAGAAUUCGACAGGUACAUUCACGACACUACAACUACUACACAAGGUCAAGACUCUAGGUCAGAUCUUGACAAGUAUCUAGAGGAGCCGCUUUUUCCCCGGAAUACAGAUUUCGACAUUCUCAACUGGUGGAAAGUUCACACGCCGAGGUAUCCGAUUCUGUCUACGAUGGCACGUAAUGUUUUAGCGGUUCCAAUGUCGAAUGUAUCAUCAGAAGAAGACGCCUUUAAGAGUUGUCCAAGGAGACAGAUUAGUGAAACCUGGUGGUCGCUUAGACCGAGUACUGUGCAGGCCUUGAUGUGUGCACAAGAUUGGAUUCGCAGCGAACUGGAAAGCUCUUGAAUCUCUGGAUUCAUCUUUGUUUUUGAUCUGAGUUUUUUUUUGUUUAGAUCUCAGCUUCUCCAGCUUGUUUGUCUAUUAUCUGUACCUCUCCUACUUAGGCGUUUGCUAUGUAACAGAAACAUCUUUUCUAUGUACAGAGUUGGCUUCAAUGGGUAA